AAAACAUGUUUUAUGUGAUUCAACAGCAUUAUUUGUAGGUUAUAAUAAGAGUUGCUCACCUGAGAGAAAAUUCCCCGCUGAGACCCUCACCUGGAAACCUGCUGCAGACUGUAUAUAUAUAAAUAAUUUCUCCCAGCAUACUAUCAGUGCAGCAGCGCUACAUAACCCUGUAGUGAGAGUUCUCAAAGCCUUGCUGCCAGAUUUAUCCAAUCGAUUAUCUCGGAUUUGAAACCACCUAGCUAUUGUGCUUAUUCAUCAGAAAUGGAUGAGUAUUUUGGUGCCUCUUGUUAUUUUUCCUCAGUGGAUGAAACGCUUUUUCUAUCUUUUUAUUUCCAAGCUGAGGGCGCGGUCCAGUGUAAAAAUAAGCCACCAUGAAGCCCAUGUGCUGUCGAGGGGAUCCAGCACUGUUCAAAACUCACAUGGAUCUAAUGGUCACUAACUCCACCGAUUGGACACGCUUGCAUGCAUUGACCACGCCAGCAAAAGGAUUGGACAUCAACCGGAAAAAUAAGGCUGGACAAACCUGCUUGAUUUAUAUUUUAACGUCGUGGGGAAACAAACACGAAGAACAAAUCUACAGUUUGGUCAAUGCAGGAAUUGAUGUAAAUGCCACUUGGGACGGUAAUACUGCCCUCCAUUAUGCCGCCUACCCGGGGACGGACGAGUGUCUUGUGGAGUCUCUGCUGAGGUCUGGAGCAGACGCUACCAUCAAGAAUAAGAAGGGACGCAUAGCAAAGGACUACGCCUUGAGAAGUAAAAGACAAGAAGUGAUUCAAAUUUUUGAAAAAUACGAGCCGGACCUGUGGACCGCGGUUCGGAAUAACGAUGAAGCACGUGUAAGAAAAAUGGUCAUGGAAUAUUGGUGCAAUGUCAAUAUAUCAAGGGGCUCGAAGACAUUGAUGCAGUUAGCUACACAGCUCGGGCACACCUCGAUAUUACGCAUUCUGGAGGACGGAAGGGAGAGACAGGAAGUGUAUUUUGCAGUACUUGAACAGAACCCACGAAGACUUGCCGAGGUUUUGCAGGCAAAGCCUUACAACGCGCGCUUCACAGAUACGUCCUACCGAGGCCACACUCCACUAUCGCUUAGCAUUCUAAAGGCACACCAGAAAGACGAGUUAUACCUGCCGGCGAUCCUGCUACACGGUGGGGCUAGUCCAAAUGAGUACAUAUUUGAUGAGCGUUUUGCCAUUCAUGGCAAAACGUGCAUGCAGCUGGCCAUAUCCACGUGUUUGAGGCUGGCACCACGCAUCUGGCAACUCUUGGAGUAUGGCGGCGACCCAGCCAUCAAAACCCAGGACGGCUUGAACUCUAGAGACCUGGCCCGCAUAAACCCAACAGAGGAGUUUGAAAGAACUCUAGACGAGCACGUUCUCAACCUAAUCUUAACUCAAAAUGUCAAAGAAAUACGAAGACUUUUUGAAAAUGGCUAUUACUACCUCAACGUCUACCACGCAGAUAAGAGCGCUCAAGAAUAUGCUCGUGAUUUUGCUAACCGUGAAAUGUUGGCAUUGCUGGAAUCGGCGGAAACAGCACUUGCAAAUAUCGAUUCUGAACGCUCCCUUUAUCCUCCCCACGAUAAAACCACCGACCUGUACCGGAUGCAUCUAGUACUGCAAUAUUCCAAACUGGUGGAGGCGAUAGUCCACGGGGAUACAGAGGCAGCAAAGAGAAUCUUUAUCGAUGGAAGGAUCAAAGCAAACGAAUUUCGGGACAUGAUUCAUCGGCAGUCGCCUCUCUACUUAGCUCUGUUGUAUGGGAGAUGGGGCAUUGCGUGUGUACUGGUUUACCAUGGCGAGAGCUGGGACGAUGUCCAUCAGUGGGGAGAUACGAAAGGUACAGUAAUGUCUUGCAGCCAGUACGCAGAAACACAAGGCUAUAAAAAAUUCUCUCGGAACGCCCAGGGAGUUUCCAAGGGCGAAAGGGACCUGAGCCUGGAAUGCGACAGCACACCACGCAGCACCCUAGAACAUCUUUUGACACUGGGGACGUUCUGAGAAACAUUGCGGUAUGGCGCGUCUAGUUCUUCGAUCUGGUGCAUAGAGAUCGGCUUUCUCCAUUCUCAAAACACCGACGGCUGUAAGAGACAUUACGUUUCCUGUCAAAAAAAAA